GUUUUCCUCCUAGUCUCACUCAUCUGUUGGUGAAUAGUGAAAGGCAGACAUCACAUUUUAAGAAGCGAAUAUAGGCUUUAGUUUGAGUAAAGUAAGGUAUCAGGUGUCUGUGUUGAGGUUUAAUACCGAACUUGAAAGUUAUUUCACAUUACUCAAUAAAAGCGAAAGGGGCAUCCUUUUGGUAGCUCGUUGACAUCGCCGCGUAACUUAACGUAGGCUACAGGGUUAGUAGCUAACGUUAGAUAGAUAUCCAGCAACGUUACCUGAGUUAGCGGUUCACGCUGGAUCGCCAUCCGCUUAAAAGGGGCAUUUAAAUCUGCUUAUAGACGCUUCAGGUAACGUUGUGUUGGGGUGAGGUAGCCUAUUGUAAGGAGGUCUUAUUUGCAGUUUGUGGAAAAUGGGACUGCUUUUCACGAAGUUGAUGACGGUGUUUGGGGACAAGGAACAUAAGGUAAUCAUCGUGGGCUUGGAUAACGCUGGAAAGACUACAAUCCUUUAUCAGUUUUUGACAAAGGAAGCGGUUCAGACGACUCCCACCAUUGGCAGUAACGUUGAGGAAAUAGCUGUGAGGAAAACACGGUUCCUUGUCUGGGACAUCGGAGGCCAGGAGAGCCUGAGGGCCAGCUGGAGCUCCUACUACUGCAACACAGAGAUUGUGAUUUUGGUGGUGGACAGUACUGACCGUGAGCGGCUGACUCUUACCAAAGACGAGUUGCAUCGAAUGCUGGCACACGAGGAGCUGCAGAAUGCAUCAGUGCUGGUCCUGGCCAACAAGCAGGACAUCAAGAACUCCAUGUCAGCAGCAGAGAUCUCCCAGUGCCUCACUCUCAGCUCACUCACCACUCAUUCUUGGCACGUUCAGGCCUGCUGUGCACUCACCGGGGAAGGGCUCCUGCAGAGUUUGGACUGGAUGAGGUCUCGAGUUCUGGCCAGCUAAGCUCCAGGACUGCAGACAUUCACACCUUCAAACCAUAAAAACAUGCCAGCCAUCAGCGUAUCACCUUCUGGCUCAGUGAGCUUUAAGACACAACUGGACCAUGCCUACCUAUGAGCCUUUUGUGGCAAAAAGAGAGGAAUUAUGUGCGUAUGUAUGUGUGAGUGAGUGAGUGAGUGAGUGAGUGAGUGAGUGAGUGAGUGAGUGAGAGAUUGAAACAGACAGAGAGAUAACUAUGACUUUGUUUACAUGCUGGUUGUUGAGUGUGCGUGCAUGCCUUUGUGGGUGUGUGGGUCUGAAUGAGUGUGUAUGUGCGCGCGUAUGUGUGAGACACCGUUCUAGUGGUCCACAUUGUUUACAUAACAAACUGGAUCUUUUUGAUCCCCAUGGAAAUGAUGAGCAGUCAGGACUGGUGAUGUCACUGCCCUACAGUCAUAUUGAUUGAAGAUCGCCAUUGGGUCAGUGUUCAGGGCCCAGCGGAUUGGUCUGUCCAAGGACACUAUUAUGACAUCACAGCGGGAAAGGCCAUCGAUGGGAAAUCUGCAGCUCUGCCACUGGUGCUGCAAUUAAGCUAUCAAUGAACCAUUUUACUUGAAGUAUUUAUAGGGAGCUAAUUUGCAUUAUAUAAAUGGUUAUAUGAUCAUUGUAUGCUGGCAAAAACAGACUUUGUUUUUACCGUUAGUUGCUCAUGGUUUUUCUUUUUUUUCUUUUUUUUUUUUGAAAAGAAGUAUUAUAUUUUGUGCAAAAAAAUACAUUUUUGUACAAAUAAAUGUUAUCAGUGCUAUGACUGUUAA